AUGAACAAUACAGAAAAAGACUGUUUCUUCUUUGAAGAUCAGCUUCACUUUGAUAGCACGGAAGAAGUCUUCAUUACAAAUAUUGUAACAUGUAUCCUGAACUCUUUUUUUUCUUUGCUUACAUGCAUAGGAAACUUUAUUGUUGUAUUUGUGAUUGGAAAAACCCGAGAUCUACAUUCGCCAUCGUUCAUCCUUUUGGGUUGUCUUGCUGUUUCAGACCUUCUGGUUGGCCUUAUAUGUCAACCGCUUUUUGUGGGGUAUAAAAUAGCGGAACUUGAGAAGAAUUUCGCUGUGUUUUGUACUUUGAACGUGGUUCAGUCUCUGUCAGGUUUUACGACAUCUGGUGUUUCUUUCGCCAUCUUAGCUGCAGUGUCAAUUGACCGACUUUUAGCACUAACUCUUCAUCUACGAUACAACACGAUUGUCACUGUUCCUCGCGUAUUUCAAACAACUAUUGCUUUGUGGAUCUUUGCUACAGUGACCGUUCUACCGAGGUUUUGGAUGGCAAACAAAUGGUAUUUUAUCCCGAUAGCAUUAUGGUUUCUUACAUUCUUUGUCAUCAUGAUAAGUGUCUGGAAAAUAUUCCGAAUUGUUCGAAAACACCAACAGCAAAUA